AUGUCGAUAAAAAAACAAAAACAUCAUAAAGAAAUAAUCAAAGAAAGAAAAUCAAUAUUUGAUUUUUCUGGAGAAUUUUCAAAUCUUUCUUUAGAUGAAAAGAAAAAAACGUACUUGUUAUUAGUUAAAUAUUUAUUGACUAAUAAUGAAAUUAAUAUCAAAAAAAUUGAAAAUAAUUUAUUAAUUGGAAAUUACAAAAAGAUUGAUAUAAAUGUUAAAUGUUUGUUUAAACAAGGUUGUUUUAUGAUCAUGGAAGAUGAAAUUAUAAAAUUCGAAAAAGAAGUAAAUGAAGAAAAAGUAAUUGGAUUUUUAGUUUCUAAUGUGUAUUUUUCUGAUCAAGCUAUUAAACGAGUUGGAAAUAAUGAUAAAAUUUAUUUAUGUCAUGAGAAUGAAUUAGUCAAUGACAUUAUAAUUGUUGAAAAAUUUAAAUGUGAUAAUUUAAAAGAUAUUAUCAAAGAUAAAGAUUUAAAAAGUAGUGAUUUAGAAACAAAAAAUCUAAUCGAAGAAUUAGAAUUUUUAAUUAGUUUUCAAAAUAGUUUAAUCGAACAUCAAGAAAAAUCAAUAAAAGAAUUAAAAUUGAGAAUUUUAUUCUAA